GAUUUAUUUAGUGUUUUAAAAUGGGAAAAUUGUAAGAAUUAGAGUAAAUUUAAGCUUAAAACCAGGACGUUUAGUAGUAAUGUUGGCAGGUAGACAAGCAGGGAAAAAAGCUAUAUUAAUAAAGGCAAAUGAGGAGACAACAAAAGUAUAUAAAAUAAAAUGAUUUAGGAUUGCAAAUUCCCAAAUGGUUUGGUGGUUGGAAUUUAAAGAUAUCCUAGAAAGGUAACAAAGAGAAUGGGAUAGAAAUAAAUUAGAAAGCGAACAACUUUAAAGGUUUUCAUAAAGCAAUUAAAUCUAAACCAUAUAAUGCCAACAAGGUUAGAAAUAGUUAUAUAAUUUUAUUAGAUAUAGAUUGGAAGAAUCAACAUUGAAAGAAGUAAGAGAUAGAAUAGAAAGAGUAAAAGAAUCAGAAUUAAAAAAUGUUGAAAAGAGAAAAGAUUUAAGAAAGAAUUUAAGAAAAUACUUAGCAGAGAAAUAUAGAACAUUACCAGCAGGAAGUUUAGCAGAUAAGAAAGCAUAAUCAAGAUUCUUGUUUUAAAAAUUGAGGUUCUGAUUAAUGAGAUAAGUAUAAUAAAAAGGAAU